AUGGAUGAGGAUCCGAAUGAUCCUCGCAAACCCAUUGGCGGUUUGGGUGGUAAGGACAUGGGGCCUUGGAAUUCUCCUGGAGGAGACGCAACUUGUGCUUCCUCAGUACAGUCUGGAGAUGAUGACCAGAAUGGAGAAGAAGAACAUGUAGAGGUGAAUGAAGUCGUUUCUAUAGAGCAGCAACGACAAGUGUUGCAACGACAAAUGAUGCAAUGGGGAAUUGCUUCCGGGACUUCCAUUACCGCCGUCACAGUGGCCUUUGUUCCGAUACAAGUCAUUGUCGCUUUCUUUAUUGUAGUGUCUCUCUUUUUGGGAUUUUCCUUUAGCGUCUUUCAGCGUCUAAGGUUAGAAGCAAUCGAUCUCCGAAGGAGAGGAGUGGCUGGCUAUUUGCCCGAAGGAAUUGUCAACACGCUUGUCAACAGAAGCUUUCACGAUCAGAUUGUGCACAGCCCUAAUUUCUGGGAAGAAAACGGUUUCUUUUUGCUCUAUCUUAUCCCUGGUUUGAAUGAAGAACAACUCAAUGCCUAUGUCAACCGAUUAGUACCUCGCCAUCAGCAUGUCUUGAGGAGACCAGGUUUGGGGCAUUUCGUGGGACCAGGCUUUAUGCGACUCUUGUUGGGAGAGGAACGAUACGCAGAGCAAGUGCCACAAGUAGAACAAGAAGCCCGCCCUGUCCCACGCCGAUUGGAAUUGGCCACUGCCGAAGUUGCCAGUAAUUUGGGCGACGAUGAAAUUCCUCAGAUUGAGGAGGUUGAAGAAGAACAACGACAACAAGAAGAUGGUACCCAAACCACACAAAGAACGACUGGUUCCGAUUUUUCACGGUUCUGGGGUACACCACAACCAAUUGGACGAGUCUUUUCGUGGAAUGAAGAGCCAGCUGCAGGCUCCUCCAGCGCCUCGUCUCAAGAACGUUCGGCCAACAUUCCUUUGCAACCUCAAGACCUUGCCGCUGCCAUCUUACCUGGUUCAACCGAAGAGGAGGCAAUUGAAAAUGCCCUUGAUGUGGAAAUCCUGCGAGAGGCCAUUUUCGGUGGCAUAGACUCGAUUACCAAUGGUGUUAGAAAUGCUGUGGGCAACAUGGCAGUUGGCUUUUUUACUGGUACACCGCUGCGGACAGGCAUGUCCGUAACAGCAGCAACUGUGGGUAUCGGCUACUUUAGCAUGUGGCUGGGCGGUGGUGUCGGUUCGGACCGAAUGCACAUGCCAAGAUCAUCCAUGCCAUCCAACCCAGCGAUAUACUCUUCCUUCCUUGCCAGUGGUGCCACAGCUGGCAUUAUGUAUUUCUUCCAGGUCGGAAGGUCCUCGGGUGGUCCAGGACACAAUCCAGGUUCUGGCGGUGGUUCGUCCGGUGGACCAUGA